UAGUGUUGAAAAUAGGACACAAUCAUGUUGUGGCUUUGAGUAUGUCCUGACCGCUCGCUGAUGUUGCUACUAUGAAGUGAAAAGGCUUUAUUUAAUUUCGAAACAUAUGGUCAAAGACAAUCGGGGCUUGAACUUAAAACUUUACCAACUUGAAAUGUUCACCUGUAGAGAGCGGUCAUCGCUUUUACUGUGAGUAGCCUGACUGCUGUGGAGCAGGGCUGCCUGAGCAGCCAGCCAAGAUGGACACCGCCGAGGAAGCGGACAUCUGUCGGGUAUGUCGUUCAGAGGGGACCCAGGACAAACCGCUCUACCACCCCUGUGUCUGCACUGGCAGCAUCAAGUUUAUCCAUCAGGAAUGCUUACUGCAGUGGUUGAAACACAGCAGAAAAGAAUACUGUGAAUUGUGCAAACACAGGUUUGCAUUUACACCAAUCUACUCUCCAGACAUGCCAUCUCGCUUGCCGGUCCAGGACAUCUUUGCAGGGCUGGUCACCAGUGUCGGAACAGCCAUCAGAUACUGGUUCCACUACACACUGGUGGCCUUUGCCUGGUUAGGCGUGGUGCCUCUCACAGCAUGUCGUAUCUACAAGUGCUUAUUUACCGGCUCUGUGAGCUCUCUCCUUACCCUGCCAUUAGAUAUGCUUUCAACACAAAACCUGCUUGCGGACUGCCUCCAGGGCUGUUUUGUGGUCACUUGUACGCUGUGCGCCUUCAUCAGCCUGGUGUGGCUUAGAGAGCAGAUUGUCCACGGUGGUGCCCCUCAGUGGUUAGAGCAGAAUCAGCCCCCUCUAGUUCCUAAUCAGCCUAAUGGUCCUGCGCCAGCUAAUGAGGCUCCAGGUGGUAACAACGCCCAGGCUGCUGCAGACGGCGCAGCAGCCCAGCACCCUGCAGACCCUGCUCCAGAUGGGCUGGCACCUGACAACCCACAGGAAGGUGGAAACCACAGAGAUGAGGCUGAGCUUGACGAUGAGGAAGAUGACGACGACGGGGACGAAGAUGAAGAGGAGGAAGACGAUGAGGAAGGCAGGGAAGAAGAUGCUGCUGAUGAUGCCAAUAAUGGAGGACAAGAAGAUUUGAACUGGAACGCCCUGGAAUGGGACCGUGCAGCAGAGGAGCUGACCUGGGAAAGGAUGCUGGGGCUGGAUGGCUCCCUAGUUUUCCUCGAGCAUGUGUUCUGGGUGGUGUCUCUCAACACACUUUUCAUCCUGGUCUUUGCUUUCUGCCCGUAUCACAUUGGCCAUUUCUCAGUGGUUGGACUGGGCUUUGAAGACUAUGUCAAAGCUUCACACUUUGACGGCCUCAUCACCACCAUACUCGGGUAUAUCCUCUUGGCUGGAGCUCUCAUAGUCUGCCAUGCACUGGCUUCAUUAGUGAAGUUCCAACGGUCCAGACGCCUCUUGGGUGUCUGCUACAUUGUUGUCAAGGUGUCCCUGCUGGUUGUCAUGGAGAUCGGCUUGUUCCCACUGAUUUGUGGUUGGUGGCUCGACAUUUGCUCUCUGGAAAUGUUUGAUGCGACUCUGAAGGACAGGGAGCAGAGUUUCAACACGGCCCCCGGUACCACCAUGUUCCUCCACUGGCUGGUCGGCAUGGUCUACGUCUUCUACUUCGCCUCCUUCAUCCUUCUGUUGCGAGAGGUGCUCCGGCCCGGUGUGCUGUGGUUCCUGAGGAACCUGAAUGAUCCAGACUUCAACCCAGUCCAAGAGAUGAUCCACCUGCCCAUCUACAGACACCUGCGGAGGUUUAUACUUUCUGUGGUGGUUUUUGGCUCCAUAGUUCUGCUGAUGCUUUGGCUUCCCAUCAGAAUCAUUAAACUGUUCUUCCCAACCUUCCUUCCCUACAACGUUAUGCUUUACAGCGAUGCCCCAGUCAGCGAGCUGUCCUUGGAGCUGCUGUUACUGCAGGUCGUUCUGCCGGCAUUGCUGGAGCAGGGUCACACUCGCCAGUGGCUCAAACGGCUCGUCCACGCCUGGACAUUCACCGCUGGAUAUGUGCUUGACCUUCACUCCUACCUGCUGGGGGACCAUGAAGACUAUGACAACCAACCAAACAUCAACCCUCCCGGUCGCCAUAACAACAACAGGAUCCCUGGCCUUGGGGAAGGGCUUCACGCUGCCCACCAGGCCAUUCUGCAACAGGGCGGUCCUGUGGGGUUCCAGUCGUACCACCGGCCCGUCAACUUCCCCCUCAAGAUCCUUCUGCUGGUGGUCUUUAUGUGUGUGACGCUGUUACUGGCUAGUCUGAUCUGCCUCACGCUGCCGGUGUGUGCGGGUCGCUGGCUGAUGUCUUUCUGGAUGGGCAGCGCCAUGGUUCAUGAGCUGUACACAGCGGCCAGCGGUCUGUACGUCUGCUGGCUAUCCAUUCGUGCCGCCACCGUGAUGCUGUCUUGGAUGCCACAGGGACGGUCCAUCAUCCUGAUCAAAGUCCACGAGUGGACACUUACGAUCAUAAAGACCGUUGUGGUGGCUGUGAUGUUAGCCGGGGUGAUUCCUCUGCUGUUGGGUCUGCUGUUUGAGCUGGUCAUCGUUGCUCCUCUCAGAGUCCCACUGGACCACACGCCUCUAUUCUACCCCUGGCAGGACUGGGCCCUGGGUGUUCUCCACGCUAAAAUAAUUGCUGCCGUCACACUGAUGGGCCCUCAGUGGUGGCUCAAAACCGUCAUUGAGCAGGUGUACGCCAACGGUAUCCGAAACAUUGACCUCCAUUUCAUUGUGCGAGGGCUGGCGGCCCCUGUCAUCUGCGUCCUGUUGCUGUCUCUCUGUGUGCCCUACACCAUCUCUAAAGGCAUUACACCACUGCUAGGUGUGCAGCCGGAGAUGCAGACGCUGGUGGAGAGGAGGAUCUAUCCCUUCCUGCUGAUGGUGGUCAUACUGCUGGCCAUCUUGUACUUCCAGAUACGACAGUUCAAACGCCUCUACGAACACAUCAAGAACGACAAAUACCUGGUUGGACAGCGACUGGUGAACUACGAACGUAAGUCGGGCAGGAGCACAUCAUACAGCUCCUCCUCAUAGACCCGACGCUGCUGUGGGAUCAGUGGAGCUGACUCACUCUGCACUGAGAGCUAUCAGCAGCUCCUGUGGUGAAACCUUUUAGUUUCCUUCUUGGCUGUCAAAUGCCGACUUCAAACACAGCCUCUGAACUUCUGACUGCAGUCUGUUCCUCUUAUUCACCAACAUCUACUGCUGUCACAGGUUGGGAGACAAAGACGUUGAAGGGCCAAGACACACUAGUCUCAGAACUCUUCGUGGAAAAUUUAAAUAUCUGAACAAGGUUGUUCAGCAACCCGCAGACACAGUCGGCAUGAGUCGCAGACACAGUCGGCAUGAGUCGUCGACUGUCCAUCCUGCUUCAUGUGUCCGAUUUUGUCUUCAACGCAGCUGACAUUUUUAAGUUGUACGUUAUUUUAAAAAAAGGUUUGAGUUGAAGUGGGGUCAGUUGAGCGUAGAUUUUAUCUCGGAUUGUGUUUCCCUUUGAAUCUUUGUUGUGAAAUGUAGUCUAGGUCACACUGAAUGUCUCUUAAUUAGAGUUUUUUUUUUGACAUUUCUGAGCUGUGGAGGAGAUAUUGUAACAGGAACGCCUCUGUGGUCCUGUUCCAGUUGUUGAUUCAUCUCAAAUGACACCGUUCAUCAAACUGAGGCUGUCAGUGAUAAAGAGGGACAUACGUGAUGUAGCAAUGUGAUUAUCCUUUCCUUUUUUUUUUUCUUUUUUUUUUUUUUAGAUGUUUUUAUUAGAUGUAUUUUCAUUGAUUUUUAGUGUUCUGGAGUGAGCUGUUAGAUAAUCCUCUGAGGGUUCCUUUGAAGUAAAAAUGCAGAAAUAGAAAGAAAAGGACAUUUUAGACAAUCUGGACAACCCGCCCAGGACAGUUUGGGUUGUGUACUACCCUUCCUGAGCAAAUCCACCCUCAGGAGAGGAGAGGUCACUAAUAUGAAGUUACACAGCACAAAAAGUGAGGUUUCAACUAAGAAUAUUGAACUGGAAAACCAGCCUCAGAACAUUUCAGAAUGUGCCUGUGUUAUAUUAGAAAUAUUUAUAAAAAAUAAUGUGAGCUAGCUGGCCCUGAGUGUCUUGUACUGCUGCUAAUCAGCUGUUCAGACUCUUACCUGGCAGCAUUCUGUUAACGGUUAGGAGCCAACAGCUAAAAAGAACUGUAUAAAUGACAAAACACUGAUUUUCAUAGGGAAAAAGGUGACUCUCGCUAUACUGGCUUGAGUAUAGUUCUGGCAAACUAGAGUUAACUCAUCUCAGUUAGGGCAAGAUAGUGCCAGUAGUUUAAUGGAGCUCAAACUAUUAGAUAAAAUGCAGGAAACUGAUUGGUGGACGUAACUGGAACUGCCACAUUUUUUUUAACGUCCCCUAACUUACAAAAGUUGUUCCUUUUUCUAUAUUGUAACGUUGCUGAAAUGAAUCAUUCAGUCAUUCGCUGCCAUCUGCUGAGCUGAAUCACAGAUCAUGACAUCUCAUCUUGUGAUCAGUUUAGUUACCAAAGACAGCGUUAACAGUUGCCUUCCUAAAUGUAGGGCCAGUGACGUGUGAAGAUUUUAGAUUACAUCUCACAAAAAUAAUUUAAUACAUCUCAAAUUACAAACCAUUGAUCAGAUGUUUCCCACUCACUCUAAAUUGUUCUCCUAACUCUGAAAAGCACAUUUGUCCCUGUCUGCAGAUAAUUCAAACAGUCAUACCUACAGUUACAAAGGGAUUGGCAGUAUAAUAUAGAUUACCCCAUUUAAGCCAGUUUUGUUAAAGGUAUGCUACAGUGACUUCCUGUUUACUAGCUGACAGCUUUUGAUUGGAUGGAGCUACGGUUGUUUUAUAACGAUUGGUUUUACAUUACCAGCUACUAUCACUUUUUGUUUUCAAACAAGCUGCUCUUAGAUAUUAAAAGGGUACGUGAUUCAGGAAUGUCUUUUUAAAAACGUGGUCAAAGCAGCAGAGACCGAGAUGUCUUCAGUUUGAGUCAUGGGUCAAAGAUCCCAAAAUACUGGUUCCUACGUUUCCUAUAAUACAACUGUAUAGCGUCUUUCAUUAAACCUCCCAUGCCUGGUUAACACCCAGUAUUUCAAAUUCCACAUUUCCAGUUUGUAACGCAGACUGAUGACAUCUUCUGUAACUGCUCAGGAGCCACAGGACACAUGAUACAGCUGGGAGCUUUAUUUGUUAAAUUAGUCGAGUGCCCUUUAAAGCAAGUCUGCAAGAGAAAGGGAGCAAGAGAAAAACAUCUUUGCUUUAAAAAACAAAAUGACUGCCAUCACACUGCUUGUUUGCUGACCUUGCAUAUAGUUUCAAAUGUAAAAUAAUUUGUACACAGAUACUCUUUACCCUGACACUAGUCCUCGCCUGCAGCAGUUUAAUGCAGUGACAUUUCUCCACAAAUCACUAAGGAGACUCUUGUUGCUCUCCGGUACUGUUGCCAUCCACUGUGGUUAUAUUGGUGAGGCAUUCACAUUGUUGGAUGUCUGAAACUUCUCCACAGCAGUUUGGUUUGUCCCCUGUGUGGCUAUGCUGGUGGAUCUUUUACACACUCUCCUGUGUCAGUUCAUGUCUUCUCAGGCUACCUAACCAGCCGAACGUUUCCCCACGUAUCUGACGGCGAUCAGAUCUGCUUGUGUUUGUGUGUGACAGCAGCAGGAGCCGAUGCACGGCUGUCUGUGUACCUCUCCUUGCCCACCAGAUGCUUCUCCUCCUGCGAGUCAGCUCGUUGAUGUGAUUAUAUUAUUGAAUUCCCUUCUUGAGGCACUCUGGUGUGCUGUGUGAGGAGUCUUUUUCUACCUUUCAUUACCUCAACACCUCUGGGUUACAGUUACGGCUUCUGCAGUCAAAAGACGGUAAAUGUAUCCCAGAAGUUUGACUGCUGUGUGGGGCAUUAGAGUAAAGUCGGAGGGCAGCCAGUAGAAGAGAUGCAGGGUUUUCUGGAGGUGAAGGGGUAUUGUAAAAACCCUGCUCCUGGAUCCAACGCAGUUUUCUUUCUUCUAUCCUAAACUGAUUGUCUUGUGGCUCCACCUGGGAGCUGAGUUGCUAGUUGCAUUCUGAGUCACUCUCCCUUUGAUCUUGUCUGUUUAAUGAUAGGUGAGUUUGUCAGUUUUUGGCUUUUGUUGCAACUUUCCUCUAUACAGGAUGGAGUUCUUGGACAGCAGUAGGAACUGUGGUUGACCACCGAUCCUAAAUUAGCUGGCUGUGGCUUUGGAGGGAUGUGAGGUACAUUGUGUACCACCUGCCACAUAUCUUUUGUAGUGUAAGCGCUAAUGCAUCCUGAUGCAUCUCCAGAAAACUAUUAGUCAUCAAUACAGGACGCAGUGAUUGUUAUGGUGACAUAACAAACAUUUUGGUUUUCUUAGCAGGCGCGUGCGAAACAAACCUGGUGCUUGUCUGGUGACGGGAAUCUGAUCACAAGUGGUCAGCUAAAAAACCUGUGGUUAGAAUCACAGAAACUUUAAAACCAAGUAUAAACAGGGUCUCUGUGAGCUGCAGCUGACUCAACCAGAUCCUCUCUACUUUACCUCUUCACACAGCUGAGGCUGGGAUUUAACUGAAGGUUGACGCUGACACUGGUGACACUGGAGUUCAGGGAGAUGUGUUUGAGGGUCCUUCAUGUCUUUAAAGGUUUGUCUCUUAUCAACAACAGUCACUACAUGUGUGCUUUAAAAUCAACAAUCCUAAACAAGAACGGGUAGUCAGAAGAAUAUUAAGUCUGAGGCGUCUGGUCUUCAGUGGCUUCCCUCGUAGUGUGAGAGCUGACUGCUAAAUGAAGGGCACAGUGCGAGCUCAGAUAUUCCACCCACAGGAUAAUGCAUAGAAACAAGAAGCCACAGGUAAAUAAUGUCUGCAGCACACACACACGAUAGCUUCAUAUUCUGAUGGUCACAAAUGAACAAUUUAAAGAAAUUAUAUGUCAUUCACUUCCUGCUAAGAGUUGGCUGAGAAGAUUAAUAUUACAGUCAUAUCUGUACUUUAAAUAUGACACUGGACCUAGGAGAUGGUUAGCUUAGCUUAGCAUAAAGACUGGAAUCGUGGGGAAACAGGCUAGCCUGGCUCUGUCCAAAUGCAACAUAAUCCACCUGCCAGCACGUCUUAAGCUCACUAAUUAAUACGUUAUGUCUUCUCUGUUUUGUACAUAGAAAAACUAAUUGUGACAAUGUCAGUUUCACAAGGGUUUACAUACUGAAACUAUUUCUUGUCUGGAGGCAGUGACUUCCUGGAGUCUCCACCGGUUGCCUGGCAACCUCAAGACUCUAGGAAGUAUACAAGAAAGCAUUUAAGUGUAUUCCUCAAAAUGACAAACUGUUGCUUUAAGGUUCCAUACAUUUCAGUUUCUACAACCACGUUUACUUCCAUCACAAUGUUUGCAUGAGGAUGUGUCCAGUUGUUGUACUCCCAGUGUCUCCACAUUAUGACCACAUUGUCUCCUCUGCUACACUCCCAUGAAGAAAAUGCCCUAAACCGUGUUUCAAAGCAAGUUAGACGUCAUAUUCCUACACCCACUACAGAACAAAACUAUUACAAUUACAUGAAUAAUCUGACUAAAACUAAAGGGUCAGCGACAGAAACCAGCCGUAUUUCUUGCUGCCAAUAAAAAUUGAAUCCAAUUCUCUGAUGCGUUCUUGCUCCUAAAAUCUUAAGAGGCGUUUGACAAGUUUUAAGUUCUUUAUUCUAUUUUUUUAUGUUUUUUUUUUUUUCAUGCAAAUGUUUCAAUGAGUUGCACUUUAUACCACAGUUUGCAAUCAUUUCAGAAUCCAUUGUAACACAGUCAACAUGGCAGGGUUUUUAUUUCCCUCCCACUGAGGCUGAAAGAUGUCAGUAUUUCACUGUGGCGACUGCACAAUGGGUUCUACUUAAAGGACAAAAGUUUUGCAUCUGUUUUUGACACUACAUUUGUGUUAGAAGUGUUUCAUUAGGAGUUUGGUAAAUAUAAACUGCUUUUCUAUUGAUAUGGAUUGUGAAAUACAUUAACUUUAGUGCUGACAGCUGUAGUGCUGCUGUGUGGAAUGCUCACAUUAUUCGUAUGAUGCUAUAAAGUGACCUUUUAGUGUUCUUGAACUGAGCUGGACACUUCAGAUUUUGGUCUUGAAUUUCAAUUUCUAGAAGCAAAUGAUUUCUAUUUUUAUAUGUGCAAAAAAGGCAGUGGCAUGUACUGUAACAUAAGGUUGUAUACUUUAAGGUCUAUUAAUUGUUGGUUCAGUAAGAUGAAACAAUAAUAAAUAGUUGUAAUGAUU